UCCGCUCUGAGGCACCACAGCUCCGGCUCUCUCUGCAGCUCCUACCCGACCUGAGGCCGGGGACAUGAGCUCCACUUGCGCCCUUCACAUCGCACCGUGAACGGGCUCUGUUUACCGGACACUCAGGACACCGUGCCCCGGUGUUUACAGCUCGGUGUCGGACCCCCUUUACCCCUCUUCACCGGGACCAUGGCGGAGAGAAGUGGCCGGUUGAGUUUCGCCGGCAGCGCGGCUCUCAACAGACCGGUGCCCAUGAACCUGUUCGCCACAUGGGAGAUCGACGGCUCCUCCCCGAACUGCGUCCCCAGGCUGUGCACGCUGACUCUGAAGAAGCUGGUGGUGAUGAGAGAAAUCGACAAGGAGCUCAUCUCAGUGGUGAUCGCCGUCAAAAUACAGGGCUCGAAGCGUAUCCUGCGCUCUCAUGAGAUUGUGCUGCCGCCCGGAGGCUCCGUGGAGACCGACCUCGCUCUCACCUUCUCCCUGCAGUACCCUCACUUCCUGAAGCGCGAGGGGAACAAGCUGCAGAUCCUGCUGCAGAGGAGGAAGAGGUACAAGAACAGAACCAUCCUGGGGUACAAGACGCUCGCGGGGGGGUCCAUCGACAUGGCAGAGGUGAUGCAGCACCCCCCAGAGGGAGGCCAGGUUCUCCCGCUCUGCUCCCAUCAGAAGGAGCUCCAGGGGAAGGUGGCGGAGAUCUGGAUCUUCUCUCUGAGCAGCCAGCCCAUCGACCACGAGGAGGCGGCGCUCAGCGAGGGGCCCAAGAUCAAAUGCUCUGAUAACUACUCAGAGGAAGAGUACGAGAGUUUCUCCUCGGAGCAGGAGGCCAGCGACGACGCCGUGCAGGGACAGGAUCUGGAGGAUGACGAGUACGACGUGAGGAAGCCGAAGAAGCAGAGGAGGUCCAUCGUGAGGACGACGUCCAUCACCAGACAGCAGAACUUCAAGCAGAGAGUCGUCGCCCUGCUGAAGCGCUUCAGAGUCUCAGAAGAGGUGCUGGACUCAGAGCAGGACCCUGCAGAGCCCCCCCCCGAGGUGGAGGAGGAGGAUCUGGAUCUGGACAGCGUGGAGUUUGAGAACCCGAGCGACAGCGGGCCGGAGCUGGACGACGACGACAGCGUCCUGAGCACGCCCAAACCCAAACUCAAGCCAUAUUUCGAGGGUGUUUCUCUCUCCAGCUCUCAGACGGAGAUCGGCAGCCUCCACAGCGUCCGGAGUCACCGAGAGCCCCCGAGCCCGAUUGACCCAGAUAAAACAAAGAGUGCCGGGCUCAAAUUUCCAGAUGACGCCGUGUCGGAUAUCAUCUCCUUUGAUGAGCCGGAGGCGGUGACCCCCACCACGGAGCUGGAGAUGGACAACAUGGACACGUUUCUGGAGAGACUUCCUCCCAUCGGCAAGAUGACGAAGACAGAGUCUCUAAUAAUCUCCUCAAACAGGCAGGAGCCGAAGUUGGCGGGGCGUCGCGGUCGGAGCACGUCACUGAAGGAGCGCCAGCCGAGCCGACCGCAGAACGAGAGAGCGAACAGUCUGGACAACGAGCGGUCGCUGGACACACGCUGCCACCUGCAGAUCCCCAGGAAGACGGUGUACGAUCAGCUGAAUCACAUCCUGGUCUCUGAUAACCAGCUCCCCGACAGCAUCAUCCUCAUCAACACCUCCGACUGGCAGGGCCAGUAUCUGUCCGACCUGCUGCAGAACCAGCAGCUCCCGGUGGUCUGCACCUGCACCACGGCCGACAUCCAGGCCGCCUUAAACACCAUCGUGUCCCGCAUCCAGAGAUUUUGUAACUGUAACUCUCAGACGCCGGUCCCCAUAAAGAUCGCGGUGGCCGGAGCGCAGCACUACCUGAGCGCCGUGCUGAGGCUGUUCGUGGACCAUCUCUCCCACAAGACCCCCGACUGGCUCGGAUACAUGAGGUUCCUCGUCAUACCGCUAGGUGCUCAUCCGGUCUCCAAAUAUCUCGGCACGAUUGAUUAUCGAUACAACAGUUUGUUUCAGGACGCAGCGUGGAGAGACCUGUUCCACAAACCAGAGGCUCCUGUUGUUGCUCAGGAGAACCUGGACGUGGUCUCGAGGGUCACUCAGUACAUGGUGGGAGCCAACGGAGCCCACCAGCUGCCCAUCGCUGAGGCCAUGCUCACCUACAAACAGAAGAGGAAAAAGAGCUUUCAUUUUGAUUUUGCAGUAAGCCCGGACGAGGACUCGUGUCAGAAAUUCAUCCCUUUUAUCGGAAUGGUGAAAGUCGGCCUCGUGGAGCAAACAUCUGCAGCAUCAGGAGACUCUGAUGACGCGACUCCCCUCGGCUCCUCGCUGCUCUCCUCCCCCCCACAGGUUUCCCCCGCCCUCAAAGAGGCGUCGCCCACCCCCCCCUCCUCACCCUCCAUCACCACCAGCUUCUGUGCAUACAGCUCUGCAGGUGGGCUGGAGCUGAUGGGGCUGCAGGUGGAUUACUGGCAGGCUCCGGCGGAGAGGAAGAAGGACGUGGAGAAGCGGGAUUCCUCCUCCAAAAAUACGCUGAAGUGCAAUUUCCGCUCGCUGCAGGUCAGCCGGCUGCCGCUGGGGGGGGCAGAGCCGAACCCUCAACCCACCAUGAGCAUGACGGUGGUGACCAAGGAGAAGAACAAGAAGGUCAUGUUCCUGCCAAAAAAGAGCAAAGACAAGGAGGUGGAGUCCAAGAGUCAGUUGAUCGAGGGCAUCAGCCGCCUGAUCUGCACUGCCAAGCACCAGCAGACCAUGCUGAGGGUCCUGAUAGACGGCGUAGAGUGGAACGACGUGAAGUUUUUCCAGCUGGCGGCGCAGUGGUCGUCCCACGUGAAGCACUUCCCCAUCGGGAUCUUUGGACACACCAAGGGCCCCUACUAGAGACUGAGACCCCCUUUAACCCCCUCCUCACACUUCUUAUUCUGUGUCUUAAUUUAAGCUUUUUGCAUUUUUAUUUAAUCUUUUGCGUGUUUUUUAAAUUUUAUAUUUAUGUAAAAAACGUCUCGAGGCAACGCCGCCGAGGGAAUCUUUCUUUACUCCGCUUUUUAAAUGAGAAUAAAAUAUCCUGCUGAUGUUUUAUAGGAACAAAAUAAUCAGUAAAUAAUAAUUAGACGUAUUAUUUUUAACGUACUGUGCCCAGGUUUUGCCAUCUGCCAUUGUUUUAAUUUGGUGCGGCUGGUUUUAGUCACUAGGCCGCCACAUUUAAUCAAGAUUAUAAUAGAUAUAUAUAUAUAUAUAUAUAUAAAAAAUACAAGAGCAGCUGCCUUGUGAUGAAGUGGAAGACGUUCAUCUUGAAGAAAUUUGGGAUUUUCAACUUUGAUUCUUAACCCUGAAGAAGAAAACGCUUCGGCACUAAAUGAAGAUUAUGUGCAAUAGACUGAAAACUGUGUGAAUGAAUAAUAACCUGGCACUGAUUGAAGAUGACACACUGAUUUUUAACCUCUUAUCUACUUAACUUCCUCUUGAAAUUGGCUUGAGUCUUGCUCCAAAGUGAGAAAUGGAAGAAAAAAAAUUAAAGAAAAUAUUAAUAGCACAAAAUCAAAUGCUUUUUAGUCGAUAGUACGGACUGAUAUUUGGGGAAAUUUGCUUUGUAUCCAAAAGUUAAAUGAGAAAAUACAUAGGCCUACAUACAGCUAGUUAGCUUAGCUUAGCACAAAGACUGGAGACAAUGGGAAAAAGCUAGCCAGGCUAUAAAAACAUAAAAUAAUAAAAAGUAGUUUAUUGACAUGCAUUAUCUUUUCUGUACGAAAACCGUAAAGUAAAAACAAGACAAGUUGUGGUUUUCUGGUGGGGUUUACACAAAAUAGUCCAGCACAUAGUCUAACCCCCUAAAUAAACUCAUUUUGUCCUCUUAUAUGAUCCAGUUUUUGUAUGGAUUACACAAAAGAGAAAUCAAAUAUUUGAUAUUUGACCUUUCACUUUGUUUGAAGUCUUUAUGCUAAGCUCAGCUGCUGCUAACAGCUAGCCUGGCUCUGAUAAAAAAAGGAAAGAUAUCCACCUACCAGCAUCUGUAAAGCUCACUGAACAACAUUUUAUAUAAUCUGUACAAAACCAGAGUGUAAAAAGGACAAACUGUGGUUUUACACAGAGCCUGUUUCCCUCCAUUUCCAGUCUUUGUGCUAAGCUAAGCUAAGCUAACCAGUUGCUAGCUAUAGCUGCACUUGGCUAGGAGAGAUGUUCUCCUCUAACUCUCAUUAAAGAAGUACUUCACAAACAAAAUGAACAUUUAGAUAUCAUUAACUCACCCUGUUAUCUUGAAUUCUUGGAGAAACUGUGUUUUUUCUGUCGCAAUUACAUAAAUGAAAGUAAAUGGCGGCCACGUUUAUAACAACAAAACUAUUAAAAAACAAUCACGUACAAACUCUUGCAGUAUAAUCCAAGCCUCAUUUAUCCAGUCAUGUUCUCACUACUAAACAAACACCUAACUUGUUACUAAACCCUUGUAGUAGCCUACUUAAAUAACAAAAACAUACAUUGCAUUACUGUAGGAGCGAAGUCACUAUAGUAAUAAUAACCAGAGGUGGAAAAAGUACUCAACUCUUGUACUUGUGUAAAAGUUGAAGUACCAGAGUGAAGUAAAAGUCACAAGUAAAAGUCCUGCAUUCAAAAUGUUACUCAAGUAGAAGUACAAAGGUAUUGACAUCAAAAUAUACUUAAAGUACCAAAAGUAAUCAUUCUGCAGAUUGAUCCAUUUCAGAAUAAUAUAUGAUGUGUUUUAUAAUGAUUGAUCAUUAAAGUGUUCUCAAAGCUGGUAAAGGUGCAGAUAGUUUGAAUGACUUUGUAUACUGCAGGGCAGCUUGUGAAUUUACUCCAGGUGGAACUAACUAACUGCUCUAUUUUAAGUACAUUUAAGACAAGAAGUAAGACUGUUUAUGCAGAAACUGAUUUAAAUAUGAAUGUUUUUAGUUAAAACUCAAGUGUAAAGUAGUGAGCAUGGACUGGAUAAAUGCACCCUGGAUUAUAAUGCACUUAAAUGAGUUGUGAGGGUUUUUAAACGGAUGGUACAUAGUUGUCCUGUGUUAAAAGUGAUUUUAAUUAAGAAUUCAAUAUGACAUGGGGACUUAAUGAUACAUACAGUGCUUUUCUUAAUACUCUAAGAUGCAAUCAAACAUACAUGCAAAAAAAUGUUGAUGCAAUGACAUUUAUUCACAAAAAACUAAACUAGCAAUAUCGAUAUACAAAUGUUUAUUUAGAGGGUGAAGUAUUCCUUUAACAAAGCAAAUAUGAUUGUAUUAUUACCCAACAUGUCUGUAAUCUUGGUUCAUAUACAGUAUGUCCUCUGUAUUCAGCAAAUAAUAAGUGUUUAUUUCUCCCACACUCCACUGACACACUCCAUAUCUCUUUAGCUAAAAGCUAUUUUUUAUUUUUGCCAAAGGAAGUCUGCAGCUCACUCAUUACCUGUGGUAUUAUAGAUCAUAAUGUAGAGGUGAAUGUAUUGAAGGUACCUUAAUGUAAAGCACUUUUAAAUGUUUGUCGAUCAGUGUGUUUUAAUUCUGAGCAGCACAAGCAGCGGACACACGGCAUAUUUGUUAUAUGCAAAGUAACCCUGCAUCUCCUCAGUGUAAUAUCACUUUAUGCUCAGUGUGACGCCUCCUUGGUAAUGUUUUAGAUUUUAGUUUGAUAUUCUGCAAGCUUACGAUGUGUUGUUAACAUUUCAAUGUCAGUAGUUUUUGCGUUGACAAAACUGAAGUAUUUUCACUUUCAUCAUAACCUUUUGCCAAUUUCUUAAUAAGUGCCUAAAUUGCUUAAUUUUGACAAAUCAACAUCAAUCUAAAUGUGUCUCUUGCUAACAUGGUGCUGAUUUUGGUCCACAACAACAGAAUAUAUCAGUAAUGUGCAAUGAUUUUGCAGCAUAAUGUUGAAAAGAGUUCUCAAAUAUGGGUUUUAACCAAUUAAAUUAAAGGUGGGGUAUGUAAUUUAUUUCAGAAACAGUUUUUGUUAAAUUCCAUGGAAUGCUCUUAACAUCCCGAUAGCAAUGAAUAUAUUAAAUGCUUUGACAAUAAAUACAUUAAAAAAAUUCAUCUGUGGAAGCCGUGGCGCUGUAAAAAGCACGACCAAUCAUCUGAGCCGGCCCGGGUAAAAUAACUGGAUGGCCUACCUGCCUGUCAGCCUUCCAUCUGUGCACAAACUUAUCUCGUGCCCUCAUUGGUCAUGUGUGCGUUCGUGUGUGUUGGAGGAGGGGCUCUGUAAGGAAGUCUGAAGGAAGUGGCAGAUUUUUUCCGGCUGUGUAUUUUCAAAUUCUAGCACACUCGAGCUGGUUUCUCCAAAAUUACCUACCCCACCUUUAACCCAGCAUCCCGUUAAUGUUAAGCAGACAUUAGUUUUUCUGCGUAGAAAAAAGUUUUAGAUGUUUUUUUUAUGUUGUCUCAGAGAAAGGCUUGUUGAAAAUGAAAGUUCCCUACCACUGUAAUCCCAAAACUUGGAGUAAUAAAACUACUAUACACACUAAAAUGUA